UAGAACUGAGAGAGACAGAAAGAGAGAGAGAGCGAGAGAGAGAGAGAGAGAGAGAGAGCAAGAGAACACAGACUAAAAAAGAGAAAAAGAGAGAGGGGAAACACAAGAGCAUAAGCUCAUUCUACUUGUGGCUGGACAAGCUGACGCAGAGAGAGAACAAAGUGGCUAGAGGCUGAGCUGACGGAAGAGAACAGUGACGACAAAAAGAAUGUAAAACACAACGGCGGUGUGGUGGAGAACUGAAGAGCGCAAACUAAAAAGAAAGAGAGCACAGGAGAAAGAAAUUAAAGCCAACACAAAAAAACGUAUUUCAGGAAACAACUUUUAGGGACUAAAUAUCUGUAGAACCGUUGUAGUGACAGAAAGAGGUCAAGAGCAGGUAAAGACAAAGCCAGCCGACGGUCCAGCAAUGAGCACCAACCUCUGCCACCCGGACCAACAUAAGCAUAAUGGACUAUGCUGUGACAACUGUCCAAAAGGCAAAUAUUUAUCAGCUCACUGCACCAACAACUCGAAAACAGAGUGCAAGACGUGUCCUCAUGACUUCUACAAUGCAGAGACAAACUAUCUGCUUAAGUGUCAGCCAUGCAGGCAGUGCCACCUUGUAAAUCAGAGCGUGCUAAAGCCAUGUCAGGAGCACAGUGACCAACAGUGUGGGUGUAAAGAAGGCUUCUACUGUAGUGACAGGGCUCUGGGUCACUGUGAUCACUGCCUUGCAGUUACAGUCUGCCCACCAGGGAAAGGAGUAUCUGUUCAACACACCAGUUAUAAGGACACCAUUUGCAGCCCUUGCGCAACAGGAACCUUCAGUGACGUGGAAGACUACAAAACACCUUGUCGCAAUCACACCAAUUGUGAGGAAUUAGGUCGCCAUUUGCUGACCCCUGGCACGGCCACUACAGAUGCCGAAUGUGGAGACUUCAUCCAGAAUUGUCCCUACAUCAUUUCAACGGGUCUGUUGCUGGGGAUAAUCAUGACAGUAGCCAUCUGCCUUCUUGUGGGGCUUCUUUAUUGGAGGACUAAACGUAAAUCACAGCAAAUAGUGAGAACUUCAGAAUGUUCCGAGAGUUUCGUCUCACCAGUGCUCCCUCCAGACAUCAUUAAGCACCCAAGGAGCCCUGAACAGCCGUUCUUUCACAGAGAUGAAAUCUUCCCCAACACAAAGGACUGCUGUCUGGACUGUGAUGGCAUUACCUUGACAACACUGACUGCGUCAGAGAAAUAUGCCUAUUCAGCCAGUCAGUGUGAGUGUGGGGGGUUCAACACCAGUGUCCACCCGUCCAUUCUCCAGUCUGAACCGCAAGAGGAUGAGUGGCCUGGAGCCUGAACACGUCUGUUUUCAUAUCAAUCAGUUCAUUAUCACAAAUACCAAAUCUAAACGCAUCAUUCUUAUAUGAAUUCAUCAUUUUGACAGAUACUUUGUUCCCUUUGUCAAUCUUAUUUCUGUACAAUAAAUCUUUUUUUUUUACAAA